AUGGCCUUUCAAUAUGGGAUGCUUAUGCAACUUUCAAUAAAGUUGCUCGUAGUACUUGUACUAGCGGCUACAAAUUCUGUAGCAACAACAAGAGCAAGCGCAGGAGGAGCAGGAGAAGAAAAUGAAACAGCUAUAGCCCUGCCCGGCUGCAAACCCAAAUGCGGUAAUGUCACAAUUCCAUACCCAUUUGGCAUUGGUGCCGAUUGUUACUUCGGACCACGAUUCGAAAUCACCUGCGAGGAUAGGUCCACAGAACCCCGAUUGAUGAAAUCCCGUAUGCUUGUCAGCAACAUAUCCCUUGAAGAAGGUGAGCUGCAAACAAUGCAGUUAGUAAACCGAGUUUGUUUUGACAGCCAAGGCGAGCAAACCGGCACCGAAGACCAAAGCGUAGGCGGGCUCAGUGUGAUUCCUCCUUACACCAUCUCUGGUGCCAAAAACAUGUUGGUUGCGGUUGGUUGUGACACGUUCGUGCGCUUAGUUGGUAGCCGGGAUGAUCAAAACUACACAACCGGCUGCUUCUCCCAAUGUCAAAAUAAUAUUAGUAGCAACGCCAUUGAUAAGAACGACCCUUGCUCUGGCAUGGGGUGUUGCGAAACGAAGAUCCCCCCUUUAAUGCACAACCUGUCUCUGACGGUGUUAAGCUUUAGACAACAUGAGCCUGUAUGGGACUUUAACCCCUGCGGCUACGCCUUCGUUGUGGGAAGGGGCAACUUCACAUUCAGCAAUACAAGUUUUCAACAACUCCGCAAUACAACCCGGCUUCCCCUGGUUCUUGAUUGGAAAGUUGGGGACGAGUCGUGUGAAAAUGCAAAGAAAAGCAACAAUUAUGCAUGCAAGGGAAACAGUGACUGCCAUAACACGACUUCUUCAGGUUACAUUUGCCGGUGUAAGGACGGCUACAAAGGGAACCCAUACCUCGAAGAUAGUUGCCAAGAUAUUGAUGAGUGUGCUUUGAAUGCGACCCUCUGUGAGAAUGGGAAGUGCAUAAAUAAAGUUGGAAAUUACACCUGUGAAUGUAAUAGUGGCUACCAUAAUCUGGACGAUAUUACGUGCAUCAAAGCUACCAAUACAAAACCCUUGAAAAUUUCGCUCGGUGUGUCAUUGAGCUUCUCUGUUUUAGUGGUUGCGAUUCUUUGGAAAUAUAGGAAAAGUAAGAAAAAAAAAGAAGAGUAUCUCAGAAGAAAAUACUUUGAAGAGAAUGGCGGCGAACGUUUAAGGGAAAAACUAGGGGAUAAAGCCAGAAUCUUUACUGAAUCAGAAAUUAAGGAGGCCACAAACAAUUAUGCUGUAAGAAACGAAAUUGGUAGGGGAAGGCAUGGAAUUGUUUACAGAGGGGUACUAGAUAGAAAAGACGUUGCCAUAAGGAAGUCAAGAGUUAGUGCCCCAAUUGAUGACCAAAAUCAAAGUACCGAUACUGCCCCAACUGCCCAAAAACAAAGCAACUCCGCCCCAACUGACCAAAAUCAAAAUACCGACGCCCCAACUGACCAAAAAGAAAUUACCCCCCAGGAGCAAUUUGUUAACGAGAUGACUGUUCUUUAUCAGAUCAACCAUAAUAAUGUUGUGAGAUUCGUAGGUUGUUGUUUAGAGACCAAACCCCCAAUAUUGGUUUAUAAGUUCAUCCGCAAUGGCAGUCUUCAUGCGCGUAUUCAUGGAAAAGAAGGCGAAAAACCGCCACCACCACUUCCAUUGGCAACGCGCUUGAACAUAGCAGCCGAGACGGCAGGAGCCCUAGCAUACUUGCACCACGACGGUUCGAAUAAAAUCAUACACGGUGAUGUGAAAACAGCUAAUAUACUAUUAGAUGAGAAUUUGACGCCAAAACUGUCCGACUUUGGAGCAUCAAGACUACUGGUUCCUGAAGAUGAGAAUCAAAAAUCAACUUUAGUCCAUGAUUCGGACGGAUACGUAGACCCUGAAUACCUUGACUCAAAGUCAAAGAAGCCCCUAACAGAAAAGAGCGACGUCUAUAGCUUUGGAGUUGUGCUAGCGGAGCUGUUAACAGGCCGAAAGGCAGAGGAAAACCUAGCAAAUGACUUUGUUGACUCGGUGGAAAAGGAUACGUUGGGUCAAAUUCUUGAUGGAAAAAUAGUGGAGGAACAUCUUGAUGAAGAAGUCAGAAAAGCUGCUGAUCUGGCAAAAAGAUGCUUGAAGCCAAGUGGGGAGGAAAGGCCUUUCAUGAGACAAGUAGCUCCAGAGCUCCAAUUAUUAGUGCUAACCAUGGCACUACGUCCAAGUGGAUGA